GACAUAAACCGGAAAAAGUAAUACAAAGAAAAGUAGUAAGCAAAACCGUGGAAAAAAGCGUUGUGUUGUGUUUAUUUUUUUAUUUGAUAAUAAUAACCGCAAUCAUCAAAUGUGUGUGGAUUCAACAAAUUGAGGUUUUUGAUGGAAUUCCGAUGAAUCCUUUUUCUUUUUAAGUAGUUAGGUUUGAUUUCAUUCGUAUUCUUCAACAAAAACAUUCGGCUGUUAUCUCGCCUAAUUUAACUCAAUUCCUGUGUGUGUUCUCAGUCCGUACUUUCUCUAGGGUUUUUCUUCACUCCACUCUUCCAUCGCUUUUUUCCCUCAUUUCUUUAUUUCUUCCCCACUUUUUCCUUUUUCUCUUAGGGUUCUGUACCGACAAACCUACAGCAACGACAACCUCUUUUACGCUUUCAAUCUCAUUUUUUCUUCUUUCAAUUUCUGAUCCAGUGGGUUGCUUUUGGUGAUGAAGUUUUUGAGAUCGGAGGACAAUGAAAGAUCUUUUCUGGGUUUUACAGAUUUUUCAUGAUUAUGUUGGUGUUUUAAGUCUUUAAAGAUCACGCAUUCUAGUCUGAAUCAAGAUUGGAUUUUUUUUCUUCUUCUACCAGUCUCUCAACCUGCAAUCAUGCAUUUCGCAAAGCUCGACGACUCUCCGAUGUUCCGUAAACAGAUGCAAUGUUUAGAGGAAAGUGCCGAAUUGCUGAGGGAUAGAAGCUUAAAGUUCUACAAAGGAUGUAGAAAAUAUACCGAAGGGCUUGGUGAGGGAUAUGAUGGGGACAUUGCAUUUGCCAGCACCCUUGAAACAUUUGGCGGAGGACAUAAUGAUCCGAUUAGUGUUGCUUUUGGAGGUCCUGUGAUGACAAAAUUUACAAUUGCACUACGGGAGAUUGGAACAUAUAAGGAAGUUCUUCGAUCUCAGGUCGAGCAUAUACUGAAUGACCGAUUACUGCAAUUUGUGAACAUAGAUUUGCAUGACGUAAAGGAGGCACGUAAGCGGUUUGACAAGGCCAGUCUUCUAUAUGACCAGGCUCGGGAGAAGUUUCUGUCCUUGAAGAAAGGCACCAAGAAUGAUGUAGCUACAGUUUUGGAGGAGGACCUUCAUAAUGCAAGGGCUACUUUUGAGCAAGCUCGCUUUAAUCUGGUUACGGCACUUUCUAAUGUUGAAGCAAAAAAGAGAUUUGAAUUUCUGGAAGCAGUGAGCGGUACGAUGGACGCCCAUCUUCGUUACUUCAAACAGGGAUAUGAGCUUUUGCAUCAGAUGGAGCCGUAUAUAAAUCAGGUGUUGACAUAUGCUCAGCAAUCUCGAGAGAGAUCAAAUUAUGAGCAAGCAGCUCUGAACGAAAGAAUGCAAGAGUACAAAAGACAGAUUGAUCGGGAGAGCAGGUGGUCUUCAAAUUCAAAUACAAAUGGUUCCAACGGAUCUCCAAAUGGUGGGGAUGGCAUUCAAGCCAUCGGGAGAAGCUCCCAUAAAAUGAUAGAGGCGGUCAUGCAGUCUGCUUCAAAGGGCAAGGUUCAAACCAUUCGCCAAGGAUAUCUUUCCAAGCGCUCCUCAAACCUCAGGGGCGACUGGAAACGAAGGUUUUUUGUUCUCGAUAGCCGAGGAAUGCUCUACUACUACCGCAAACAAAGCAGCAAACCAUCUGGGUCUGGCAGUCAAAUCUCUGGUCAGAGGAAUAGCUCUGAACUCGGUCAUGGGCUGCUGAGUCGCUGGCUUUCUUCUCAUCAUCACCAUGGUGGAGGUGGAGUACAUGAUGAGAAAUCUGUUGCUCAUCACACUGUUAACCUCUUGACUUCAACAAUAAAGGUUGAUGCUGACCAAUCCGACCUCAGGUUCUGCUUCAGGAUUAUUUCCCCCACAAAAAAUUAUACUUUGCAGGCAGAGAGCACCCUUGAUCAGAUGGAUUGGAUAGAGAAGAUAACAGGAGUUAUUGCGUCAUUGCUAAGCUCUCAGGUUCCUGAGAGGUGUUUAUCUGGUAGUCCUAUGGGCAGUAGCCAUCAUCGAUCCGCCAGUGAUAGCAGUUCAUUUGAAAGUUCUGAUUUUGAUCACACAGCUGUUGAAGAGUAUGCGUCCGAGAGGGAGAGGCCUGCCUAUCCAAACCCCGGCCGCCUAUCAAGAAUUUCACAUCAUCAUCAUCAUCAUCAUCAGCAGCAGCAGCAAUCAGGUCUGAAACCUGAGAAACCCAUAGACGUGCUGCAUAGGGUUUGUGGAAAUGACAGGUGUGCAGAUUGUGGUGCCUCUGAUCCUGAUUGGGCAUGCUUGAAUCUAGGAGUUGUUGUCUGCAUUGAAUGUUCUGGUGUCCACCGCAACCUUGGUGUGCACAUAUCAAAGGUACGUUCAUUGACACUUGAUGUCAAAGUGUGGGAGCCGUCUGUGAUCACCUUGUUUCAGUCUUUAGGCAAUGCCUUUGCUAAUUCGGUUUGGGAGGAAUUAUUACAGUCCAAAGGUGCCUAUAAGACGGAACUGGUUCCUACUGGGUUUUACAAGUCUUCUUCUGAUAAGCCCCAGCUUCUUUAUUUCUGUAAACCUAGUCCUUCUGAUUCCAUAGCUGUGAAGGAGAAGUUCAUCCAUGCAAAGUAUGCUUUAAAAGUUUUCGUACGAAAGCCCAAGGAUCGUAGUCUAGUGACACAACAUAUAUGGGAGGCUGUUCGUGCUAAUGACAAGAAAGCUGCAUACCGUCUGAUUGUCAACUUUGAAGCAGACAUGAACUACAUUUACAUGCAAGAUUCCUGUAAUUCUUCUUUAACCCUCGCUAAGGCAAUGCUGUUGCAAGAGCAGACGACACCCCCAGGCCCAGGGGGCGGUGAUUCGAUCUCAAUCUCAUCAAUGGCAGCAACAGGCACAAGUGAAGCGCAAGGACUUAGCAUGGAGGAAUUCGAGGGGUGCACCCUCCUCCAUCUUGCUUGUGAAACUGCAGAUAUUGGGAUGAUUGAGCUGCUCUUACAGUAUGGUGCCAAUGUAAAUGUUCCCGAUUCAAGAGGCCAGACACCACUCCAUCAUUGUAUCCUCAGAGGCAAAUCUGCAUUUGCAAGGCUGCUUCUUACAAGAGGGGCUGAUCCUCACGCUGCAAACAGUGCUGGCAAAACCCCUUUGGAGCUUGCGGCUGAAUCAAAUUUUAGGGACAAUGAGGUUCUGAGUCUGUUAUCAGACUCGAAUGGGUGACAGGACAUGAUAUGUGUUCAAGUUGCUAUAUUAUUAUAUUCAAAGGAGGGGUAUCAAGUGUUGCCUGUAGUUGUGUAAUUAGAGAAGUAAGCGAUGUGGAUACACACCGAAUGACAGCAGGGUUUGGGUUUGGGACCUCAAACCGGAAGGGCUGCUGCAAGUCCAAGUCGGGACUGCUGAAACCUCAAACUCAAUUAUUGUGAUGUGAAUUGUGAAAGGCCAGAGAGAGCAUGGGAUAUGCAUCCAUCUAAUUUCUCUGUAAUUCUAGGCGAGUAAUGUAAAGUAGCAUGUGAAUGAAUGGAAUGUUAAGGUUUAUUAUGUAAGGGUGAGAGGUUUGUGCGUUGAGGGGCGUUUUUUUUUCUUUUCUUCUUCUGUACAUUGUUUUGGUUUGGCUGGCCUAGUGUUGUUGCAAACUCUAUUCUUACUGUUUGACUGAAAAUGGAGUAAAUUUUUGACUUAUUUUCAA